AUGGGCAAGAUGGACAACACCUCUGUGGAGCUGAGCUCUCCCUCUGAGGUGAAGCAGGCAGCCCUGGAGGAGCCAGAGCCCAUCAGCCCUGAGGUCGUGAGCACCAAGAAGAAGAAGAAGGAGAUCCCAGACAGAGGUUCCUGGAAGGGGAAAUUUGACUUCUUGCUGUCCUGUGUGGGCUAUGCUAUUGGUCUGGGUAACGUCUGGCGCUUCCCUUAUCUCUGUGGCAAAAAUGGAGGAGGGGCCUUCCUCAUCCCCUAUUUCCUGACGCUGGUGUUUGCUGGGAUUCCUCUCUUCCUGCUGGAAACUGCUCUGGGCCAGUAUACCUCUAUUGGUGGACUAGGAGUCUGGAGAUUAGCACCCAUGUUCAAAGGUGUGGGCCUGGCAGCCAUGGUUCUGUCCUUCUGGCUGAACAUCUACUACAUUGUCAUCAUUGCCUGGGCUCUCUACUAUCUCUUCAACUCCUUCACUUCGGAGCUGCCGUGGCAGAGCUGUGGGAACGCCUGGAACACCGAGCGCUGCUUCUCCAACUACUCCCUGAACGACACCACCAACCUCACCAGCGCCGUCACCGAGUUCUGGGAGAGGAACAUGCACCAGAUGUCCGGAGGCCUGGGGGAGCCUGGCGCCGUCCGCUGGCCCCUGGCUGGCACGCUGGCCCUGGCCUGGCUGCUGGUCUACUUCUCCAUCUGGAAGGGUGUGGAGUGGACAGGCAAGGUGGUGUAUUUCUCAGCCACCUACCCCUACUUCAUGCUUUUCAUCCUCUUGUUCCGGGGAGUCACGCUGCCAGGAGCCAAGGAGGGGAUCCUCUUCUACCUCACACCUGACUUCAGGAAGCUCUCUGACUCUGAGGUCUGGAUGGAUGCAGCCACUCAGAUCUUCUUCUCCUACGGCCUGGGGCUGGGCUCCCUCAUUGCUCUGGGCAGCUACAACACUUUCCACAACAACGUCUACAGAGACUCCAUUAUUGUCUGUUGUAUAAACUCCACCACAAGCAUAUUUGCAGGGUUUGUUAUUUUCUCUAUCAUUGGCUUCAUGUCACACAUCACGAAGAAGUCGGUGUCAGAGCUGGCCUCCUCAGGCCCUGGACUGGCUUUCCUGGCCUACCCACAGGUUGUCACACAGCUGCCCUUGUCCCCACUGUGGUCAAUCCUCUUCUUCUCCAUGCUGAUGAUGCUGGGUCUGGACAGUCAGUUCUGCACUGUGGAAGGGUUCAUUACAGCCCUGAUGGAUGAGUACCCUCGAGUCCUAAGAGCCAGGAAGAAGAUCUUCAUCGCAGUAGUCUGCUUCAUCUCUUAUCUCAUCGGAUUCUCCAACAUCACCCAGGGUGGCAUUUAUGUCUUCAAGCUGUUUGAUUACUACUCAGCCAGUGGCAUGUGUCUUCUUUUUCUUGUCUUCUUUGAAACCAUCUCAAUUUCUUGGUGUUAUGGUGUGAACAGGUUUUACAGGAACAUUGAAGAAAUGAUUGGCUACAAGCCUUGCAUCUGGUGGAAGAUCUGCUGGGCCUUCUUCACCCCUCUUGUCUGCCUGGGUGUGUUCUUCUUUAGUGUGGUGGAAAUGACCCCUCUGACUCUGGGCAAGUACGUCUACCCCGUGUGGGGCCAAGGCAUCGGGUGGCUCAUGGCCCUGUCCUCCAUGUUUCUGAUUCCAGGGUACAUGCUCUACUCCUUCUUCACCUCAACAGGGACCCUCCGGCAGCGUUUGCAGCAGAUGACCCAGCCCAGGCCAGAGGGGCACGCUCACAACAACGGCCUCCAGCCCAAGACAUCCUUGAAUGGGAAGAUCUCGGACGCCGCCGUGUAG